AUGCAAUAUCAAUUUCCUAUGGAAUUAGCUGUUAACAAAGAUUGUAGAAAAACAUAAAGUGCCAAUAAAUGUAGAGGUGGGGAAUCACCCAAUAAAUUGUACUAAAACUUUACUCAUAAAAAUUCAAGUCAGCCAAAAGUUGUGAAUCUCUUUCGAAGUUUUAUUUUGACAUUCAUAUUUAUAGAUCACCCUAAUCGAUAUAAUCAAUAUUUGCAGACCUCAAUAGAUGUUCACGAAAUAAACAAAUCUAAAAAAUCGGUGACUUCUCAUCAAAGAGUUAAGACUGAGAUUGACAAGCCAAAUGACUUUAAUAAAAGAUUCUAUCCGAAUGAGAUCUAAAUGUUUUUAAGUAGAAUUUCAGGUUAAUAGGAUAGAUAAGGUGGAGAUACAAAAGAACAAGUUGAAUGUGCUGAAUAAGACUGUCCUCAAUAAGGGCAAUCGAUUGUAGGCAGUUAAAGUUAAUCAAGGAAGGUUUCUUCUCUAUAAUAUAUAUAGUUUAUAGAGAAAUCUACGAUUGCAAUCAUUCCAAGUAAAUUAGUUAACCAGAUCUCUAAGAUCAAAUACUGAGAAAGACCAAUAAUUAUUUAAGUAAAAAUGAUAUCAAAUAUCAGAAAAUAAUCGUAAUGGGCAGUCGACUCCAAAUAAUGUCGAUGAGAACCCUCAAUUCAACUACUUCUAACACAAAAUAGAGUACAGAAAUAGAAGAAGCAAUUACAUACGAUCAGAUGAUGUAACUCCGAUAAGAAGAUCAGUAUUUCAAUAGAUUCAAGAUUAUAGUGAUACAAAACUGGAGUAUAGAAACCAUAAUUACAUAAUAGUUAAAUCAAUGUAGCAAAGGAAGAGGAGAUAAUGCAGUUUUCUUUUGGUUUGCAAUAUAACAAACUGAGAGCUUUGAAAAGGUUUCCAAAGGAUAUAUUUUAUGGUGACGUUCGAAGGGCCAAGAAAAAUUUAUAAAUGUAAUGA